AUGAGCACUUCCCCAGGUAUUUUCCAUAAUGUUCGUGUUUCUCAAGCCGCUUUGAAAGCUUCCAACAUCAAGGUCCAAUUAGCAGAAUACAAUGCUCACAAGAAACAGGUUGACGAGUACAAAUUGGACAUCUACCAGCAUUUAUUGGAGUUGGACACCAGUACCAGACCCAAUCUCCAGUUGAUACAACAGCAGCCGGAAAUCAACUUGCGCAUGAGACCAUUGUUGCUUGACUUCUUGAUGGAUGUGAUCAACAAAUUGAAUGCUUCCAAAGCCACUUUCCCUUUGGCCGUGAAUCUUAUUGACCGGUACUGCUCGGUCCGCAUUGUCAAGAAACAGCACUACCAACUUUUAGGGCUCACGGCACUCUGGAUUGCUUGCAAGAAUUUGGAUUCCAAGUUCCGGGUGCCAACUUUGAAUGACUUGUGCCGUUACUGUUGCAAUUGCUAUGAUAAGAAGUUGUUCUUGGAAAUGGAAAACCAUGUUCUAAAGUCUUUGAAAUGGCUCGUGGACGCCCCUACUUUUGAUGCAUUUAUCGACGUCUACAUCCACACCUUGGCCUCGUCCCCGUUUUUAGCAGGAUCUAAAAACCCACACAAGGUGUGCAAUGACGUCAAGAUCGUGGCUAUUUACAUCUGUGAGUUGAUUCAGUUUUACCCCAACAUCUACUUCAACUACACUACUCCAAAGAUUGCAUUGUUAAGCGUUUUGAUGUCGUGCUUGAUCCUUAAUGUUGGCGAGAAUUUCGUGGUGAAGGAUUUCCUCGACCAUGUGUACAUCUCGACCAUGGUUUCGGUUGUGCUGGUUCAGGAUUUCUGCCAGGCCUUUGGGUUGCUUAUCAAAGUGUUGAAGUGCCCUCCACCCUCGCUUAAGACCAAGUACUUCAACGAGGAUCUGCGCUUCCUCAGCCACAUGAAGUUAUUGGUUUCGUUUACCUUGACGCACUUGGCAGAGAACUCUGUCUUUUCUCAAACAGGGUCUGCGCCAUUGUCGUCUUGCGUUACGCCCGUUGCUUCAAGACCGGCCUCCAACAGAUCGUACUCUGGCGAGCAUCAAAUGAAAACUCCCAGGUUAGGAAGCGGCGUCACCACUCCCAAAUUCUAUCCAGCCACGCCGAUCCUGCUGAGCAUCAGCCCUAAGAACUCGGAGUUAGACCAUUUCGAAAAGUCUCGGCCAAUGUGUCUGCCGGCUAUAGGCUACAGGGGAUACGGAUCUUUUAACGGACGGCCUCUUCCCCUGCCCGCAGACCUGGAGAACGAUAUUCCCGGCACGAAAAGAAGCUUUGAAGCCGUUGCACCUCCAGCGAUCAAAAGAUCAAAGAGCACCAGCGACCGGUCCGUGUUUUUGCUCUAG